AUGAAACGACAACACGGAGGACGUACCGCUCCUGCUGCCAAAGCCACGCGCGAAGAUGCUCCUCCCUUGAAAGUACACAAAGGGACCGUGGUCGAUUUGUUCAAACGACUGCCCAUCGACGUCACGUGCGAAAAAUCCAAAUGGGAAGUCUACUCGCAAGCCACGGCUGCCGUGGACCCUUUGGAAAUCACUGUAGACCGAACCCGUACCUGGAUCGACAUGACCAAGAUCCUACUGGAAUUCGACGUGGAAUUUCAUAACGGCGGCGCCGGUGCCGCGCGUGCACUCCUGGCCAAUACCUCGUCAGCCGUCCCCAUUAACAACGUGGCUCACUCCCUCAUCAAACAAAUUCAACUGACUAUUAACAAAGGAGCCGUGACCGUCAACGCCGAUCACUACCAUCUAGAAGCUUACUUCGACCGACUGCUCAACUAUUCUGAAGAAGAAAAGAAAUCCCUGCUGUCCCUGGAAGGAUGGGCUACUGACACCCCCGACAAAUUCGAUCAGCUCAAUCCCAACGAUUUGGCCAUCGCAGACGCAGUCAUAGCCGCUGGUGGCGGCGGUGAUGCAAUCACAGCUGGAGAAGUAGGAAACGCCAUUCGGGCUGCAUUCAAUCGCGUCACUCCCAACCAAGGAGCUAAGGAACGUGUUGGAUUGUGUUGUCAAGGUCGUGCCGUCAAGUUCGUCCUCAGGCCCGUCAUUCCCCUCUUCUCCAGUCAGCGCUACUUGAAUCCUGGUUGCGAAUUGAAAUUUCGAAUCCAAUGGAAUCCUCGAGAAUUGGUCAUGAUGAAUGGUGUCACCGUGGGUGCUACAGCCAUUACCCAGCCCAACGCCUCCUACACCAUAGUUAACUAUUCUCCCAAGUUGCACAUUCGUCACGUGGACGUCAACAGCGAAUUGCACAUCAAGAUGGAAGCUGCCAUGUUGGAAAACCAAGACAUUGCCCUCUACCCUUACUUCACCAACAGAACCGUUACCCACACCGUUCCCGAUGGUCGACGACGGGCUCAGAUGCAUAACGUGUUUCAGGGGUACCGACCCAACUACAUGAUCGUUGGAUUUCAACGAGGUGCUGCCUUUGAUGGGGACAUAGCUCAUUCUCCAUACAACUUCUGCGACAUGAAUCAAUCGUCCCUUCGCGUGACCGUCGACGGAGAAGAAAUUCCCCAUCAGCGAUUGGACCUGACCUCGCAUCAUAAAGAAGAAGGCUUCAAUACCCUCCUUCAGUUCUCAGGACGAGGCAUCGACUCUGCACCCACCGGCAUCGAUCAAAAAGGGUAUAAGGACGGCAAUUAUCUCAUCCUCUACAACUUCAACCCCGACGGCGAACAAAACUUUGGCUACAGCUACGCUCGAAACGUAGGCAACGUCAACAUCGACGUCGACUUCUCAGCCAACACAGCCAACAACACCACCAUGGUCGUCAGCGGAUACUUUGAACAAGAAACGUGGUUGGAUGGUAACAAGAACGCUUCCCAGAGAUACAGCUAUUAG